AUGGAUAAAAAUGGGAACGAUAAACCAAUGCUAGGCGGUAUCCAGUCUGAGGACGAUAUAUGGACCGAUUGUCUCAAAGUCAUUCUGAGCAUGUUGGAGGAUAGCUUUGCAAGGGAAUCGGGCUUGGAGCAGUUGAAUACAAGCGCGCAACGAUCGGAUUAUACGCGUGAUAAGACACCUAUUACACAAGCCAAAGGGUUAAGAUCGAUUGCCGGCAAUGUGACAGCAACCAAAAGAAAGCGUAGCAGUUUUCUGGAUCAUGCACGAGAUCGCAAAAUGCAACGAAUUUCAUCCAAUCUUGCCAACGAUAUUGCUCGUAGUCUCAGCGUCAGUGGUCGCAAUCCAACGCCAACGCCAUCCUCAUCCACAGACGAUGCUGACGUAGUCAUGAGUGGAGGCUCAUCACCUAUGCGUACAUCCAUCUCUGCCAAUAACAAUACUUCUUCAUCAUCAUCACCAUCAAACCCAUCACCACCAUCAUCACGCAUUUAUCACAAAAUGAUAUCCAGCCGACGAUCCAGUCCACAACCAUCAUCAUCAUCAUCAUCCAACGCUAUGUAUAAUGGCGAAGACCCAUCAUUGCUAUUGCGAAGGAUUAGUAAUGGAACGAGAUUACCACAUCAUACGAUGGAUUUUGAUGAAUGGAUCAAAGCACAGGCUCAACGACAAAACUUUAACGUCCUUGAAUAUCGACAAUUGUUUGAGGAGAAGCAGAAACAGCUACAUCAUUACUUAUCCGAAAUCGAUGGCAGCCAUGAUCCAACAAAGAGUGACGCACAGCGAUUCAUGGAAAUCAAAGACAACCUUGCUCGUAUCCUGAAGAUUGCCAAUGACCUUAGCGGUGAUCAAUCCAUAGCUUUUGUGGAUAUCUUUCCCGAAUGGAAGGCGUUUGAAGGACAUAUCAACAAGAGCAUGGCUUAUGUCCAGGCUGUAGAGGAUAUGAAGCAGCUGUCGACUCAAUCUAUACCACGUACCGAUGAUCUUUUGGCUGAUACACGGCGACUCCAAUCGGUCCUUUCUGAAAAGAUGGCAUUGUAUGGUGACAAUUUGGCACAAAACGGGCUAGAAUGGAAAGCAAUGGGAUUGCCGGUGGAUGAACAAUUGCUAGCUAUGGCCAAAGGAUGGUUCUACAACCUGUGUAUUGGGCUUAUCAGCGAACUUGACAUGGCAUGUUCUCGAUUACGAAGCUUGGUCAAUGAUAUGCGAGAACUCAUGCGGCAUCCUGAAGGUGAAAAGCUGAUGGAAUCCAUUGCGUGUGGGUUGGAGUUUAUUUCAAGUACAACUUCAUUUAUCGGAUUGCCUUCGAGAAAACUCAUCUAUGGAUGUCGUGUGCUGGCAACAGUUUACGGGCAAUGGGUAUCAGAAGGAUUGGAGCUUUUACAAGAAACGCAAUUGCAGCAACGUAGCAGUGGCAAACCUAGUACAAGCAGCAACAUGAUGAACACUACCAGCACGCGACACACCCGUGUGGAUAUUCGUUUGAUGCAAUGGAUGGAUAAUAUGAUGCGGAUCUUGACAUCACUGCAAGCACUACAAGAUGAACCUGCUGUGCCACAACAACAUGGAUGGAGCGAUGUUGAAAGUACUUAUGCAGCACCACCCUAUGAACCAGUACACGACAAUGAGUCAUUGGCUGUGUUGGAAAAUCUGACAUCGAUGCUAGUGGAGAUCACGGUACGUGCAAUGGCUGUCAUUGAAACAAAUUGCAGCAGCAGCAGCACAGCAUCACGCACAUUAUCAUCGGCAGGAGGAGGUAAUGGUGGUGGUGGUUCAGGACCCACGACUCUUUCUCGACAUGCCAAUAUCAUGACAAAUCCCAUCAUGAGUACCAUUCACAUGAAGGACACGGUGCUGUCAUUUGUCGAUCGGAUCGUCGAGUUGGCUGGUAGAGCUGAUGUAGAUGGGUGGCGUGUUCAGCGACUGCAUGCUCAUUUGGAGAGGAUAGAAGCUGCAUCAUGCAUUUAA